AUGGUCGCCACCAAGCACACUCGUCACGGUUCUUCAAUCCCCAGUAGCAACAACGCAUUGGACGGCUGCGAAAUCCGCAGUGGGAUGUCCGUACAGGACUUGAAACAUUUAACAGCGCAGCGACAGCGGCUCGAAUUCUGGGCACGCAACUCGCCGCGACAAAUGGCGACGGAGUUUUCAUAUGCGUCAUCGCCGUCCUCCACAAGCUCGUCGCUUUCAGCCUCACCGCCGCCUAAAUUCAGUGACUGCGCGUGUUAUUCCACCACAUACGGCUACGUGCCUCCGCUGAGUCGACGUGGCUUCGCAUCCGACAAGAUGUUCGUAACAUGCGGAGGACAAGUGGUUUCCUUCAUGGAAGGUGUCGUGAACGCUCCGCAAGGAGAGUUCCAAUUGGACAAUUAG